UUUAGUAGUUUUGUGGCGAUGUUCAAAGGUCACUCUAGAAGUAGGUGUGCGCUGUCGUCCUCUCAGGAGUAACAUUAGCCGAAGAGGUAGCUGUCUUGCUUGUUAAAUACUAUCUUGGGAAUGGCCGCGUCACGGAGCCUAACAAGGUUUUGGGAAUGGGGGAGGAAGAUUAUAUGUGUUGGGAGAAACUACGCAGACCACGCGAAAGAACUGAAAAACGCCGUGCCCACAGAGCCUGUUCUCUUUCUCAAGCCCCCCUCUGCUUACGUGAAAGAGGGGUCUCCCAUUCUUGUGCCAACCUACUCCAGCAACCUGCACCAUGAGGUUGAACUCGGGGUCGUCAUCGGUAAAGGGGGUACGGCGAUCCCCCGACAGUCCGCGAUGGAUCACGUGGCUGGCUACGCGCUGUGUCUGGACAUGACAGCGAGGGACACUCAGGACGAGUGCAAGUCCAAAGGUCUGCCGUGGACCCUGGCCAAAGCGUUCGACACGUCCUGUCCAGUCAGCGAGUUCGUCCCUAAGGAGAAAAUCGCAGACCCGGGCAACGUGCGGAUAUGGCUUAAAGUCAACGACCAGCUACGGCAGGACGGCAGCACCUCCCAGAUGAUAUUUUCCAUUCCGUAUCUUAUUAGCUACAUCAGCGAGAUCAUUACCCUCGAGGAGGGGGAUUUGAUUCUGACCGGGACCCCCAAGGGCGUUUCAAGCGUCCAGGAGCACGACGAGUUACAGGCCGGCAUUGAAGACAUUGUCAGCAUGACGUUCAGAGUUGACAGACACUGACAGUGCUUGUACUGUCUAUCACUGUUCAGUUUUAGUAUGUGAGCUAGGUAGCUAAUUCGUUAGAAUAAAAACCUAGUCAAGUAACAAUAAUAUAUUUUUUAAUUCAUAUGUUAAAACAGUUUUAACAUUUUUAUAAAUUACAACGUAUAAUCGAAAAGGCCGAUUGACAACACUGGAUUACUUUAUAAAGAAACGGUCACAAUGAACAAUAAAGUUCAUGAAUUGUGGGGUUUUGGUAUGCUUUCAUGUCGUGAUUAGUGCAGUGUUUCAUUCUCUUCUUUUUCACGUACUGUAAUAACAACAUUUGACAAUAUUAACAUCAGCAUGGGCAAGGCCAAAUAAAAGGCACUUUAUCACUUUGACACUUGUUAGGGGGUUUCAAUGUGCUGAAAACUGACAGCUAUUGAGAAAACCAGAAGAGGGCAGUAGUUUCCCAGUUCUACAUUUCAAAGAGCCAGUACCCAGAUACAGGCCUAGAAGAAGCAGCCAUUUAUUUUGUAAGACACAUUUCAUAUUACAUGUGUCACUUGCAUUACAUUUUUGUUUCAAUGUAGAAAAACUGUGGAUAUAUCAGACUUUCUACAAAUCUCUGCAAUGAAAAAGUUGAGAGCUCAAUUUGCUAAAAGACAAUGUAAUUUUCAACUCCUGAUCUGAAAACCAGGAAAGCUGAGACAGACAUCAGUUUUUA